AUGAAGCUUAUCAACGUUUAUGUUGCGGCCUUGUGCUGCUUCGUCGCAGAAGCUGUUAAGGCUACAACAAGUCCCUCUGAAGCUGAAGCUCCCUCCGCCGGUCUGUCAUCUUCGGCUGUUCAGCAGAUCAACGUUAAAAAGCGUACGCUACGUGAGGAGUUCAUUCUUUUUGCAGAGCUCAUGGCUGAGUGGGAAAAGUCAAAGAGAGAUAUUCAUAUGGAUGAUAUGGGAUUGGCGGAGCAAAGUAAGUUACGCAAUCUCGAGGCUGCUAUGGCGGAAACCAUGAAUCAGCUUUAUGGCCUUGGUGUUAGCGUAGGUAUUGAUAUGGGCAUCGACGGCAUCUUUGCUUUACAAAACGAAAAUGAUCCUAAGGUGCCUGAGUACAGGGGAUUAAAUCGCUAUAAGUUUGUAUCUGGUAUAAUAUACUCGAUGGCUAAGAAGAUUAAGGCACUUAGUGACUACGUGGAUGGCUUGGAAGGGGAAGAAACACCAAAAGAUCUGAAGGCCACUUUGAUGAAACUGGGCUUUGGGGAAGCUGAUGAAAUUAGCGACUCUUUGUUAAAUCUUGAUAGGGUUAAGAGGUUGAUUUCCGAGUAUUUGGGUGAUGAUGCUCCUCUAAGCAAUUUGCUGAAGCUUUUACCUAAGCUUGAAGAAAAAAUGAAGGCUUUUGACAAGGCCGAGAAGAAUCCAUUCCGUCUGCAUUACACUAAAUUUAAGGCUGCUGCUGCUGAUGAGGCAAUAGUGGCUGAAUUGGCGGAAGCGGAUAAAAUCGCUGCAGACCAGGCGGAAAAGAAUGCUUUUAGCCUGGUAUGGGAGAAGGCUGUCGAUGAAAAAACUCUAACCGAUGAGGAAGUCAAUAAGGCUGAAGCAGAUGUUCGUAAGGUUAUAGACGAGGCUGCCAAGGAGGCUGCCCGUAAGGCUAAUCCUGGCUAUCGUGCGCAAGAACCACUCCCGCAUUCGCCCCAUGCUGUCAUUCCAGGCGCCGAUGGUAUACGCCCAACUGUCGUUGUACCAUUACCUCCCAGUCAAAUUAGUCUGCCCGAAUCCAGUGGCACUGAGUUGCCGCAGCAACCUCAGCAGUUGGGUGGUGGUGAUGGUCGCACAGGUGUUGAGGAGGGUAGUGCGGCUACUACUGCCGGACCUGAGCAGGGAGUUCCGGAAGCGACUUCUUUGAGGCAGCCGGAUGAGGCUUCAACUGAGAAGAAGCCAUCAUCUGCAUUUGACUCGUUUGUAACGGCAAUCCUCUUCGUCAGCAUCACUUUCGCACUUUAA